CGCAGGUCUCUUGAUUCUUGAACCGGCAAACUACUUCAACUGCUUAUGUCAGAAAUAAGAGUAUUUUUGCAACCUCUUAUGCGUCUCUCUGUUUGUAUAUCAGUGAAAUAUGGCAGAAGUGAAUAUACCUCAAGACAGGUUCAUGUGUUCAGUGUGUUUGGAUCUACUGAAGGAUCCAGUGACUAUUCCCUGUGGACACAGUUACUGUAUGAGCUGUAUUACAAACUGCUGGAAUCAGGAGGAUCAGAAGAGAAUCUACAGCUGUCCUCAAUGCAGACAAACCUUCACAUCAAGACCUGCUUUAAACAAAAAUGUGAUGAUCACUGAAAUGGUGGAAGAAUUGCAGAAGACGAGACUUCAAACUGAUGUUUCUGAUCAAUGUUACGCUGGACCUGAAGAUGUGAAGUGUGACGUCUGUACUGAGAGAAAAUACAAAGCUGUCAAGUCCUGUCUGGAGUGUCUGAACUCUUACUGUCAAAAUCACCUUCAACAACAUGAAAGUCUCUUCAAAGACAGAAGACAUCAUUUGAUGGAUCCCACUACAAAACUUUACGAGAUGAUCUGCUCAAAACAUAAUAAACAUCUGGAAAUCUACUGUCCAACUGACCAGGAGUGUAUUUGUUAUCUGUGUUUGAUGGAUGAACAUAAAAACCUUUACACUGUAACAGCUGUUGCAGAAAAAACUGAGAAACUGAGGGUUUUGGGAGAGAGACAGAGAAACUUGAAGCAGAGAAUCCAGGAGAGAGAGAAGAAGAUUCAGGAGCUCAGAGAGACUGUGAACUCUUACAAGCGCUCUGCACAGACAGCAGUGGAGGACAGUGAGAGAAUCUUUACUGAACUGAUCCGCUCCAUUGAGAGAAGACGCUCUGAGGUGACACAACUGAUCAGAGAUCAGGAAAAUACUGCAGUGAGUCAUGCUGAAGGAGUCUUGAAGUGUCUGGAGCAGGAGAUUGAAGAUCUGAGGAGGAGAGAACCUGAACUGGAGCAGCUUUUACACACGGACAAUCACAUUCAUUUCAUGAAGAGUUUUGAGUUACUGUCUGCACCUCCUGAAUCUACAGUUUCAUAUAACAUUACUGUCAGUUCUCUCGUCUCUUUUGAUGAUGUGACAAAAUCUGUCUCUCAGCUGAAAGAAAAUCUGGAGGAUGUCUGUAGAGAGGAGGUAGAAAACAUAUCUGGUGGAGUUUCAUAUAUCACAAUUUUUUCUGAUGAGCCCAACUACAGAGAGGAGUUCUUGCAAUAUUUCAGGCAGUUCACACUGGAUUUAAACACAGUGAAUAAAUACAUACGUCUGUCUGAUGGAAAAACCGCAGCUACAUACACUGAUCCAACAGUCCAGCAGUAUCCUGAUCAUCCAGAAAGAUUUGAAAGGUGGCGACAGGUGUUGUGUAGAGAGAGUGUGUGUGGACGCUGUUACUGGGAGGUUGAGUGGAGUGGUAGGGUGGAUAUAUCUGUGUCAUAUAAGAGCAUCAGCAGGAAGGGAGGCGGUGAUAAUUGUGUAUUUGGAUUUAAUGAUCAGUCCUGGUUAUUGUACUGUACUGAAUUCAAAUGCUCAUUCUGGCACAAAAACAAACGCACUGAUCUCCCUGUAGUGUCCAGCUCCUGUAGAAUAGGAGUGUUUGUGGAUCACAGAGCAGGACUUUUAUCCUUCUACAGCGUCUCUGACACAAUCACCCUCAUCCACAGAGUCAAAACCACAUUCACUCAACCUCUCUAUCCUGGGUUUACUAUUAAUAAAGGAUCCACAGUGAAAGUCUAUCGUCUCACAAAAUAAAUUGCAAAGAUUCUACAAGUAAAACUGUUAAAUUCAAAGUCAAAAGAGUGAUUGGACUUGUGCAAUCCAUGUAUGCUGCAUCGACAUCCAAACAUAAAGAAUUAAAGUGUAAUUAUAAACAAUAGUGAGGAAUUAAAUGUCUCAAUACAACUAAGAUAUCUGUAAACUGUGUUUUUCCUUAAGUACAGUGCCCAAAAGAGUAAAGUGAAUGUAGAAUCAGACUUCGACCAACAGAGGGCAGCAGUAAAUAAUAAAUAAAGCAGCAUGAAGUAGAUUCUUAAAAAAAACGUUUUUCACUGCAAAAUAGUCUGCACAAUGUCCUUAAAGAGCUUCUGGAUAUAAUCAAAUCCAGUUCUAAAGAAGAGAAAGACGAACGAAACCACAAAGUGUCCUUUUUUUUGUUAUAGACUUUGUGAAUUGUUUGUUUUUCCUGAGCUAAACAAAUUCUGUACCUUGAUAUUAUAGUUUAGUUUGUAAUGAACAAUUGGCAUUACUUGACAUUUUUAUGAUCCAUUUAUUUGUCAUGUUGAUUCAACCAGCAACAACUGAAAUAAGUCAUGAUUAUCAUGAGGUUUACAUACAGUUGGAUUGUGAAAAUGCAUGACGUAUUUUGAAUUUUGAAUAAAAUUGGUGUUAAAAUCUU